AUGCCAGAUUUCUACGUUGGAAGCUGCAGCACUUGGCAAAGCACAGGGGGGCUCUGGAGGAAGGUGAAGGAAGCUCAGCAGAGGCAGGAGCGGAGCUUGGUGCAGAUGGAGAUGGCUGUGCGGCGCUUUCGGGAGCAGCAUCCUUCCGUGAACAUGACCUCCAUCCUCUCUCUGCCUUUGCCGGAGCUCUCCAAGAAACUCCGGGAUGGCUCCCUCCCUCCGGAACACGUCUUCUAUGCCUACGUGGGCAAGGCCCUCCAAAUCGCCACAGAAACCAACUGCAUCACGGAGUAUCUGCAGGAAAGCGAGACUCAGCUCCAGAAAGCGAAGAUGACAGGGAAGCUGGGUUUGCUCUAUGGGGUGCCUGUCAGCAUCAAAGACUCCAUCAACUGCCAGGGCCAUGAUUCCACGUUAGGGUUUAUAAAAAACCUCAAUAAACCCGCGGCAGAGGACAGCGUGGUGGUGCAGGUGCUCAGGAGACAGGGGGCAAUUCCAUUUGUCAAAACCAACGUUCCCCAGUCCCUCAUCAGCUAUGACUGCAAGAACUUAAUCUUUGGUCAGACGUUCAACCCUCUACUCUACACCAGAAGCCCUGGAGGCUCCUCUGGUGGAGAAGGGGCACUUGUAGGAGGAGGUGGGUCAAUCCUGGGCUUUGGUACGGAUGUAGGAGGGAGCCUGCGUUUUCCCGCUGCCUUCUGUGGGAUCUGUGCACUCAAACCCACCGGGAACAGACUCAGUAAAAAAGGAAUCAUUUCUGGUGUCCUUGGGCAGAAGGCAGUGGUCGCAGCAGUGGGGCCGAUGGCAAAAGACGUGGAGAGCCUGGCGCUGGGCAUGCGGGCGCUCCUAUGUGAGGACAUGUUCAACCUGGACAGCACAGUGCCCCCCCUUCCCUUCAAUGAAGAGGUGUAUUCCAGCACACAGCCCCUCCGCAUAGGCUACUAUGAAACCGAUUUCUUCACCAUGCCAAGCCCUGCCAUGAGACGUGCUGUUCGAGAGACAAAGCAGCUGUUGGAGGAUGCUGGCCACACGCUGGUGCCCUUCGAACUCACGAAUGUGGACUAUGUGAUCUUUAACUUCUGCGUCAGGGGAAUGUUUGCAGAUGGGGUCACCUCCUUUCUCAAGAUGUUCAAAGGGGAGCUGGAGAAAAGCAGCAUGGGGCUGUUCUUCUGGUUGGCAAAGUCACCAAACUGGCUAAAAAGUGUCCUCUCCUGGAUUGCCAAACCCUUCGUGCCUCGAUUUUCAGAUAUCGUAAGAAGUAUGAGAGCAAACACAGUGGAUGAAGUCUGGAGUCUUCAUCAUGAAAUUGAGGAGUUUUGCUACCAGUUCAUCGCCCAGUGGAAAAAGCUGAAUCUGGAUGUCAUGCUUUGUCCCAUGCUGGGCCCGGCUCUCGGCAUCGGCUACCCUGGGAAGCUCUCAGUGGCAGUCAGCUACACCAUGCUCUACAAUGCCUUGGACUUCCCUGCCGGCGUGGUCCCUGUCACGAUGGUGACAGACAAGGAUGAGGAGGAGCUGAAGGGCUACCAGGGAUACUUUCGGGACUGGUGGGACCGGACCCUGGCAAAGGCUUUUCGUGGCAGUGUGGGGCUGCCAGUGGCUGUGCAGUGCGUGGCCUUGCCAUGGCAGGAGGAGCUGUGCCUCCGGUUCAUGAAGGAGGUGGAGACCCUCAUCCUGAAGAAAAACAGGCUCGUCUGAGUCCCGUGCGCUCGCCCGGAGCAGGAUCCCAGCUAACGUCAGCGCAGGUCAUCCUUUGGUCUGACUCACCCGCAGGACUCAUGUUCCCCUCCACGAGGAUGCAGUGAUGGCUGGGCUGGCUACUGGCUUUGGGGU